AUGAAGGAAAACGUCAUUUCCCUCACUUGCGUGCUGGCCUCUGGCGCUAUAAUCAAAACACAUAAUCGACCCCGGAAAUCUUCCGCUGGAUACGAUCUCACGCAUCUCGUCAUCGGAUCGGAGGGUACGCUUGCGCUCGUAACGGAGGUCGUGUUGCGUCUCGCGCCUCUACCAAGGAACCUUCACGUCGGACUAGCAACUUUCAACACGUUCCAAGAAGGUGUCCAGGUUGUUGUCUCGCUCCAGAAACUAGGCCAUCGGCUUGAAGCGUUGGAGCUGGCAGAUGGACCGCAGAUGCAGUGUGUUAACGUCUCUGGGCUAGCACCAAAACGAACGUUCAAAGAGGUGCCAACACUAUUUUUCAAGAUCGCAGGUCCGUCAGUUCAUAUUGUGCAAGAGCAGGUUUCUACCAUGCAAGAGCUAUGCAAAACGAAUGGUGCGUCUAGCGUCGAGAUUACGUAUCAACAAGACGAGAUGGAUGUCAUCUGGGGAGCACGGAAAUGCAUGGGCACGGCCCUUCUUGCCAUGAAGCAAGAUCCCACAGACCUCUUCUUGCAUAGUGAUUGCGCAGUUCCCAUCUCGAACCUCUCUCGCCUCGUCGCUGGAACCCAGCAUCUCAUCACCCAGGCCUCAUCUGCUCAUCAAGCAUCUUGGUUCUGUGCUAAUGUAGGCCAUAUUGGAGAUGGCAACGUCCAUUCUAGCAUCGUUUGCCCACAACAACAUUACGAUGCUGCAAUGAAUGCGCUCCUGGAUGUUGCUAGACUAGCAUUGAAGUUAGAGGGGACAGUUACAGGGGAGCAUGGCGUUGGACUGAAGCUGAGAGACGCGCUGGUUGAGGAGGUGGGAAGUGAAGGUGUAGAAAUGAUGAGGGGCAUCAAGAGGGCGUUGGAUCCGAAGGGUAUCCUGAAUCCGGACAAGGUUUUUAGACUGGAUGAAGGGAGCACGUCGAAGCUUUGA